UCCACAAGAAACCCAGAGCUCAAUCCAUGCUCAAAUUAGAUGGGGUUUCCAACACCAUCUUACCUCCGCCAGUGGUUGCAGCUGAUCCAGCAACUACUUUCAGCCUACCUAAGACGUCAUACGCAAGCCUAUGUGCGAAAGAUUCGCGUGUUCAUACAAGAGUCCGGGGUGUCGAGUCUGAGACCACGACGACUAUUGUUUCACGAAAGAGUACCGCUGAAAUCACUUGGCCACAUAAUCAUGCUCAUGUUCAUCACUUUGACGUGUAUCAUGCAUCGACCCAUUCUCGAACUGUCUCUGAGUGCACUUCACCAACGCACCGAGCUUCUACAGUACAGUCUUCCGACCGUCGCCAGAGUCAGCCUGCUGGCACAAGUAGUUUCAUAUUAAAUCACUACACCACCUCGGAGAAUGGAAAUGACAUUCCAUGGGACAAUACAAGCAAACAGGGCUCUCGACAAAACGAGAGGACAAACAUUGCUACGGGCAUCACAUCGUUCCCACGACUCUUAUCUCGUCAUUGUACCAACGACUGGGUUACACCACUGGAUGAGAUCGAUGCUCCCACAGAGCUUACACCCGAUACCUUGUACCAUCGUGGAGUUGACGCUCGGUGUGGUAGCGUGUCGGGUCCCCCAUCGAAAUCUCCCGAGGAACCUCUGAGGAUCCGCCACUGCGACAACGACAUAUUCGUCAAGAAUCCAUUUUGCCUCAACUCUGAACAACUGGAUACAGUUUGUGUGAUCCAGAUGCCAGAAGUGUCAGCUUCGCAGAAGAGAUUUGGUGCCUCUAUCGGGUCGGCGUCUCACCGACGUCGUAGUUCCCCAGCAGCCGCUCAGCAGACCCCGACAUCAGACUCCCACAACACCUUAUUGCCUAGCUUGAUGGACAAGAUUCGGCAGGGAAGUCACAAAAUCUUUCAUCGUCGGCACUCCCAAAGGGGAUCUGCGGAAGUCGCCGCACUUCCAAAUCCCGAGGACCAUCGCCCAAUCAGUAGACCAAAGUCAAGAGACAGUUUGGUGAGGCACUUGACGCUGGAGCCACCAAACCUAGACAGAGCAGGGAUAUACGAGGCCAUGACGGGAACCAGACUUGUUGCCAGUCGCUGCAGAAGGGGUACAUGCUCAGAGGACAAUCGACCACACAUAUGCGAGAAUAACACAUUAACGCCACCUCGUGCACAGUCUCCAGCGUAAAAGGAGAGCACCCUCUGAG